AGCGAAGAUAUCCACUUCCGCUGUUACCAAACUUCGAUGACGUAAACCUGCAAACAUUUUGUCACUCAGUGCCUUAUUUACGAAUACUGUGGAUCAAUCCCACGAUUAUAAACCACAAGAGAACAAAGAGAAAUAUGGACAUAUGAGAUGCUGAGCACAAGGGCCAAAUGAGGACCGUGACUCGGGUAUGUCGACUCAAAUUAACAGAGAAAGGCGUUUUGUUCCUGAAAAAAGAACAUAAUGAGGGCCAAAGCCACACAAAGAAAAACUGGACCUGACUGGAAAGGAAAAUCAAGAAAACAUGGCGAGAUGUCACUAAAGUUCCAUUUGGCACAGCCUAAACCUUUUGUUGGGAAAGUGUUUUACCUUGACCUACCAUCCAACAAAAUAACAGAGUCAUUGGAGACAGAUAUUCAGCACUUUGGAGGGUGUGUUGAGAAGUUUUUCAGCAAAGAAAUCAAGUAUCUUGUAACCAACAAGAGGGAGGCUAAAUACAUACAAUGCCUCAAGCAAGACUCUCUGGUCCCCAGCCCGGAAGCUGGAUGCAGUUCACCUUUUCCUGGCCCACAUCCGUUCCUGCCGGACCACUGUGGCGACCACAUCAAAAGCAGGUCUCAGGGUCCAACAGACACAGUUCUUACAAGUCGUGGAAAGUCUUUUGUGGAGAGGGCAGUGAGAAAAAAGGAAAGAGUGCACAUAAGCAAGAUCCUGUUAAAUGCUCUAGAGUGGGGUGUGAAAAUCCUCUACAUUAAUGAUGUGAUCAUCUAUGUUGAGAAGAAGAAAAAGACCCUGGCAAGCCAGUGUCCACGGCCUACUGUAGCCAAAUCAAGUGUCAAACCUGAGUCGACAGCAAAGCACACCUGUCAGAAACACAAAGGGAGAAUCCAUAAACCUUUUGUCAAGGUUGAAGACUCAAGCAGACGUUACUGUCCAGUGUACCUUACCAUACUGAAUAUGGCGGAGCUAAACCUGAAGGCGCCUCCUCCUCACAGUCCCUUCUUAUUUAAUGAUAAAGACCCUACAGGGGACAAACUUCAUGGGAACCGAAGUGUCAAACCCUCAACCGGUGAAGAACAAGCUGCUGGGCGGAAGAAGAACAAGGACAAGAAACGAGGCGGUUACUGCGAGUGCUGUGCUGUCAAAUAUGAAAAUCUGACAAUGCACCUGCAAAGUGAUCGUCACAAAGCUUUCUCCAAGACUGACGCUUACCAAGUUGUGGACAGACUGGUUUCAACUCUACACUGCAGCUUCACUCGCCUCAACAGACUUUAUAAAAGACCAAAGUGCAGUAUUUCUACUGCUUUGGUUGUUCCUGCACCACUUGGAAGAAGUGAGCACGGUGGCAAGGCAGAUCAUAACCUCACUGGAAUUAUGAAAGAGAAGCAGCACAAUCACGCUUUAAACGUUUCUUCAGCUUCUCCAUCUGCCUCUCUGAUUCACUGCAAUGACAGGAAGUGGUUUAUUGCCUCACACCAGUCAAAACUCCCAUCUAUGAUCCACUGCAAUGACAGGAAGUGGUUUAUUGCCUCACACCAGUCAAAACUCCCAUCUAUGUGCAGACAGAAGCAGUUGGUUUCUUGCUCUCAAAAAGCCACAGACAACGCAGAAAUGGCGCCCUCUAGUGUUGCACAUCUGGCCGACAGUUCCCUCUUAGUUCCUCGGGUCAAUCAUGAUGUGCAAGUAUCUCACAGAGACCCGCUCAGCCUGACACUACCUCCCCAUCAAGAUCCACACAGCGUAUCAUACUUAGAAAGCCCGGAAGUUAUCACAAAUCAAGAUGAGACCACAGGCAACAAUGAAUCGCCUGGGAAAGCAAGCGGAAAGGUCUCGGAGCGAGAUGGGGCAAGUCCUCCGUCACUGACUUACACUUCUCCUGUUAAAAAAGUAAAGAGGAAGGUCAAAGCUUAUAAGCGCAAAAGACGGAAACUCAACUCUAAAACUUCAUGUAAAGAUCAUGUAGCGGAGAGUGCCGCUUGUGAUGAUACUCUGAGGCUUUGGCAACUUUUUUACUCAAGUGAGGACAAAGGUGGAAUUCCUGGGGUUUGACGACGAGAAAGGAAGGACUGAAUAAAAUGUACUCUAUUGCCUUUCCAAUGGGGAUCCAGGUAGUGUCACACAGCUUGUUUUCAUGCCAGCUUUUCUGUAUAAACGUCACUAAUGUGGAAUGAUCGGUUACGUUUUUAUUCAUUUAUAUAGCACAUUUAAAAACAACCCCAGUUGGCCAAAGUGCUGUACUGACUUAAAUAAUAAAAAAAAAGUGCAAGCAGUGUCACAUUUACA